AGUACUCUGUGUACAAUAAUUCAAUGCACUUUUUAUGCGACAGAAACACACUUCGAGUCAAGAUGGAGCAUGUUUAUGUUUUUUGCUGUGGAUAUUUUUGGAACGUUUACACAGUCCUUUCGUCUCUACCAGAUCGCCUUUGUUAGGCAGGAUGGUAGAGGAUAGUGAAGACAACCCAAGUCAACUCAUGUGUCCAUAGUCAUCAAGACAUAGUAGGAGUAGGAGUAGCAGCAAUGUCCGAGGACCUGGUCCAUCCAGGGGCCAUUGUCAAGGACCGCUGGAAAGUGACCAGAAAAGUGGGUGGUGGUGGAUUCGGUGAAAUCUACGAAGCUCAGGAUCAAGUUCUUGAGGAGGCAGUGGCUCUCAAGCUGGAGUCAGCCCUUCAGCCAAAACAAGUCUUGAAGAUGGAAGUGGCUGUCCUCAAGAAGUUGCAAGGCAAGGACCAUGUGUGUAAAUUCAUUGGCUGUGGACGUAAUGAUCAGUUCAACUAUGUAGUCAUGUCACUACAAGGCUCCAAUCUGGCUGAGUUACGUCGUAGUCAACCUAGAGGGACCUUUAGCAUGACUACUACGCUACGUCUAGGUGUGCAAAUACUGGAAGGCAUUGAGAGUAUACAUGAUGUGGGCUUUCUACAUAGAGACAUCAAACCAUCCAACUUUGCCAUGGGCCGUCUCUCCAGUAAUUGUAGGAAGGUCUACAUGUUGGAUUUUGGUCUCUCCAGGCAGUACACUAACUCACAGGGCCAAGUCAGAACACCAAGACCUGUAGCUGGUUUCAGAGGUACAGUCCGAUAUGCAUCGGUCAAUGCACACAAGAACAAGGAGAUGGGUAGACAUGAUGAUUUGUGGUCUCUCUUUUACAUGGUGGUGGAAUUUGUCAUUGGACAACUACCAUGGAGGAAGAUCAAAGAUAAGGAGCAAGUAGGCUUAAUGAAAGAGAAGCAUGAUCAUCGAUCCAUGUUGAAGCACAUGCCGUCAGAAUUCAAGCAGUUUCUGGAACACAUACAGGGUCUACAGUAUCAAGACAAGCCUGACUACAAGUUCCUACACUCCUUGCUAGACCGUUGCAUGAACAGGAAAGGUAUCAAGGAGACCGACCCCUAUGACUGGGAGAAGAUCUAUGCUGAUGGUUCACAGACCACCACCACAGCGUCACUCAGCCCAGCUAAGGAACCCAAACAAGGAGUUCCUGAUGUCCCACCAGCAAACACAGACAUAGUAUUAGAAGAAAACAUAAGCUUCCAUGACAACAUGAAGGAGGCCCAAGUGGAAGUGCAGCGCAUCAACGCUGCGGAUGCUCCAGAGAAAGUAGAUGAGAGUCAAGAGAAGAGAGACGCGGAGAAGGAGAUUGAUGAGGAAGAUGAAGAAGAAGAAGAAGAGGAGGAAGAUGGAGAAGCAAAUGAGAAUGCUGAAGAGAAUGAGAUUGCAGGAUCAGAGAGAGAAGGAGACUCACCUGAACAGGAAGGUGGAUCCAGAGUGGAAGGUAGAGAACCACAAGAGGGUGAGGUAGUCUUGGACAAUAAGGAGAACGAGAAACGAGACGUGCAUAAGAAGUGCAAACGAGCCAUGAGUAAACGACGUCGCAUGCUGCAUCGACGACAGAAGCCUAAGAGGCUUAGGACUCAUGACAGUCAUGCUAUAUUGGAGGGCGAGGUCAGUACCUUCAGGGAAGGCUUUGGAGUCAGUGAACGAGAUCCUUCACUUCUGGAGGAGAACCUUGUACCUGGUCUCAACAGCAAGCUGCUCCCCGUUCGCUCAUUUGCUGAGCCUGUCCAACAAGUGCAAUUGCCGCCCGAGGCGCAGUGCGGUGCCGAGGGCAAACUAACCAUGAAGACUAUCCCUUGUAUCAAGGACACUAAGCCUCCACCGUGGAGGACCAGUACCCCACCGCUCGUUGGAGCAACUAUGCAAAAGCAGGAUAACCUGAAUCGCCCAAAGUCAAGUGCAAAUGAACUCCGUCCGUCUGCCAUUACUAGGCUUCAAGAAACCGAAAGGGACAGAAGCAAAAGCGUUCCUGAGACAGACUCCGGGGAUGCCUUUCAGCAUGACGGCUCCUUGGACGAAGUAGACAAGGACAAGUUAACAAGGUCUCCUGAGAGUGUGACUAGAAUACCAAGACCAAGUCACCCCGAUCAUGCUGCAAAAGAACCACAGGUAUUUGCGGCGGUGGUACCAAGGGAAAUGCGGAUUGGUAUUGAGAACCCACCGAUCAUUAAAGUCAGCACUGAGCACGCUGGAGUUGAACAGAAUCCAGAACAAAUUGCUAUCCCUCGGAAGUCUGCAAGUCCAGGUCGGCCAACCACACCCCCUCAGGAACUCCUUAAGCCAGUGGCAGUAACUAUUGGUGCUCAAAGUCAUGACAGACAAACGGGCAAAAAACCUGUUGCUGUUUCACACAAACAAGCUGGUGCUUGCCAUGUAAGGGUUGAAACUGAAAAGAGGGACAAACAAGUGACAAAAGCAGCCUUAGCUAAUUUAGAAGUGACUGAAGAUACACAAACAGGCUUGCAAAUUCCUCAGGGACCCAUCACUGAAGCUCUUGCAAAAAGCAAGGAGCCUGUACAACAACAGAGCACAGAGAGGUUUAAUGUUCCUGCAGACUCUGAUAAACCUACUAAACUCCCUGAGCCCAAGGAACAGAUUGUUCAGCCUGUGAAGAAGCCAAAGCCUGAGCUGCAGGCAAAGCCAGUUGAGUCUGUAGAAAAGGACAGCACCGAGCAAACAACCAAGGCAGAAGAGGAACCAGUCCCAGUUCCUCAAGAAGAACUGUUCAUCAAUGAACCAUUACCUAAUCUUGCCCAUGAGCCCACUGAAGAGAACACCACCAUCCAGAAGAGAGCAGACCUGGAUGAUGUGGUCUUGAAUAUUCCAUUGGAUAUUGAUAAAAUAACGGAGCAUGUUGACUUGCAGAACCUUGCCGAACAGAAAGAGAAGGUAGCUGAUGUCCCAGUAAAGAAUACGGGAGAAUUAGUGAAAAACCACGAUAAAGCAAUAAGUGCCUCAAGUCCCAGUCUGUCAAUUGACAAGGGUCCAGCAACACCUGCCCGGGCAGCCAUGGAGCAGCUUCUUGGAGCAUUUUCAUGGGACGAGCCAGAACCGCCAAAAGAGGAAUCCAAAACUGUUGCCAUCCCUAAAGAGAAUUCGGUGGAGAAGCAAGCUUUGAAGAACGGAAGGAAUGAGAAGAGCUUGCAGGAAGAGCUCCGGGCAGCAAGACUAUCUGCAAGAGAGGAAGCAAAUGCUUCUCCAAAGCCCAACAAAGCCUUCGGAAACCAGAGUGAUGUUAUCACUGGGUCAGCAACCUUAAGGGAUGGGAAGCUAGAUCUGGAGCUCCCUGAUGACAAAGAUAGACAAAACCUCCAACAGAGACUCAGGCUUGAAAGUGAUAAUCUGGAUUCUGGGCCACUGACACCCUUCUCCCUGGAAGAGGAUGGUACAGCAGUGAAACCUGUACGGGAUGGAUGGGCAGUUGAGGGAGAGAAACAAAUGGAGGAACACGAGAUCCAUGAAAGGAGCAUAUCUUCUAUAGAGCAUUCCUCCAAGGAGGCUCCAAUCAAAUCACCAUCCAUGGACAGAGAGGAAAUGGAGAACAUUCUGAAUGGGUUUGACGGCACGGUCAAAAUUCAGACCGACCACUGCACUGGAAAAUCUGAAAACCUGGCAAUAAAACCAGCUGCUGAGACACAAACUUCACCUAAAGGUACAAGGACAAACACAGCUGUCAGAGUAAAAGUAAGUCCUGGUGAGGACAAGGAGCAUAAAAGGAAGGGUAGGUCAGGCCACAGAAGUUCAGAAAAUGCCAGGUCUGCUACACCAAAAACAGAUGAGAGUGAAACAGUGUCUGGUGGCUCUGGGAGGAGUGAGCGAAAAGGCCGAGGGCCUGUUCGAGCUCGCCAACUCCCUAGUAUUCCGACACCAAAGAAGGAAGUACCUGCUGCUGAGGGAACAAGUGCGACACCUGUCAUGAAACAGGAAAGUCCCACCAGCGGGCAGCCAUCAGGGAGUCCCCUCCAGAGGAAAGGCUCCUUGGGCAAGACCCGUAAGCUUCCUGCAGUGCCUAAAAUAUUGCUGCAAAACAAGCUUGGUAACCGAUUGCGGCUAGAAAAAUCUCCAAAUAGGACGACAGGAACCAGCGUAGAAGACAACCAGCAGCGAUCCUCAAAGAACAAAGGACGUCAACGGAAAGCAUCAAAUCCAACAUCGGAUGCCAUAGACGACUCCAGCUUCCAGUCUGAGAAUGUGCAAUCGAUACAGCUCAGAAAAAACCAGGAGUUUAAAGUGACUGUUCAAUCACCACCACCCUCAACCAGUAAAGAACCAAUCCGAGAGCCAGAAAUCAAGGUCGUGAGUGUUGAGCCUUCAUGUACAUUUGCAAUCAUGGAGAGCUUAUCUCAAGAGGAUUGUGUCAUGAACGCUGAUAUCUCAGAGUGUGCUACUCAGCAGCAGGAGCCUAGCUUCUUCCUUGACAUGAGUGCCUCUGUCAGGAAGGAGGAACCAGCGAAGACUGAGCUUCCAAUCAAACAAACAGAUCCUAUAAUUGCAGGAUCCCACACAAACAAAGACUCAAACGUUGCCAGGGCUACAAUGAAAGCACCUAAUCUAAUGGUCUUUACCAAGAAGCCUAUCAUCAAGAAACAACUUACAGGGAAUGUGAUUUACACUAAGACAGAAUUCCAGGAUAAGGCAGGCACACCAGCAUCACCAAAAACAAUUGGAAGUGCAAAAUCAGUUGAGGAAUCAAGAUUACCUCCGUCAAAAGGAGCAGGUGCAAUACCAUCAAAACCAGUCAGUGGCACAGACACACCUUUAAAUGAUGUUGGAAAUGCACAGAAAGGUGAUAAAUAUGAAAACAAAAUUGUGAAUGAUGUGAGGAAGGUGUCCAUAGCAAGUUCCAACUCUACCGAAUGGAACAGCAACGGCUCCUGUACUUCAACUCUGAAGGACAGUCAAGCUGGUCCUGCCACUCCAACAGUUUUGUCACGUGCUGAAAAAGCCCAGGAGUCUGUCUCCACUUCCACACCUAAAACAGCUGUGAUGAACUCUGCUAAGGCAUCGUUGGAUAAUCAAACGACACAGCAAGUUGAAGCCGCAAGCAGUACUGUGAUAGCUGAGCAGCAAAAAGGGUCUAAUCCUAAUGUCUUACCAGAAGUAAGAGUAUACGAGCCUUCCAUUAACGGUGACGUUACAGGAAACAGACCUACGGACCUAACCUUACACCAAUGUACCAGUCCUCCUCCUUUAUCUUCACCCAGAGAAUCUCCAAGGACACCCCUGCUAUUUUCUGAGGAUGAAGAUCAAGCAAGAGAGGACCAAGCCAAAAACGGUGCCAAGAAAAUGGCAGAUGCUGCAACAGAAAAUGCACUGACAAGACUGAAAGAAGGACUCUUGGCUCAUUCUAGACAAGGCUAUCAGAAAAUUGUCAAGAGUUUAUCAGAUGAGCAAAUUGCAAAGAAGGCAAAGGGGAGACAGGAGGGUGAACAGAAAAUGGGAAGUUUCAAGGAGCCUGCCCGGCAAGGACAUGAAGAUGGCCUGAGUCCUCUAUCUAGGUCAAGAACGGUCAGCUUCAACAAAGACCUAAAUGUUGACGGGGUUAGUAGAGCUAGUACCUUGGAUUCUGACUUAGAUUUGGGGGAAAUUGACAGAGCAGGUUCUCCUACAAGCCCCAAAGCUGGUCUCUCUCCGCUGGCAUUGCGUCGCCUGCGUCACAAAACCGAUCCUGAUUUUGCCUCUCUCCGGGCUGCUUUUGCUAGGAAGCAGGCAAAUCAGAUUCAAGCCAUGGAAGAUGCAAAAGAUGACGACCAAGCAGAUGUCUUUGUUAAUCCUCAGAGACGAAGCAGCUCAUCUUCACUCCACAAAGCAAGUGAUCGCUUGGCAGCACUCAAAGCAGCUGAGGAAGCUCAUCUAAUGAGUUACUUACAUGGUGACCCGGAAAAGAGGAAGCGACGACGAAUGAAAUCAAGCUCCUCCGGUGAACACAUUUCAUCUGUGGAUGAGGAAAGUUUUACAGACUCUCUCGCAUCUCAUGGCAGGUUAGAGGAUGGACAACCAAGUGAAAGUUCCUUCUCUCAAUCCAGACUUGCCUGGGAGGCGCUGACUCCACGACAGCGACGACGUCGGGAGAAACUGGCCAGUACACGAAGCCAAGGACCGCACAGCGGAAACUCACAGUCAGGAUUACCUCCUACCUCACCCAGGAAUGUUAGUCCAACGCAUCACUCCCAUCAGGGAGGAAAGCCGUCAAUUCAGGAACGUUUAGGUGCAGCUGCAGCACCGAGCAGCUUGCAUAUUGCUUCUCAAAACAACCCUGAGAUGUCCCACUCCUCAUCCAGAAGCCACAAGUCCAAGAGCCAGGACACUGAGGCAAAGGCAGGUGGCAGAGCCUCAGCUGCUCAAGGUCACUCAGACAGACACAGAAUUCAUCAAGAGGAGCGUGCGUCACGCCAUAGAGAUAGACAAAAGAGGCACAUCCAACCAUCGCCUCGUGAUACAGAUGGUGCUGCAACGACUACAUCAGUAUCUCUCCCUGAGGAUGCUUCACCAGUGGUAACCCCAAGGGACACACCAAGUGACACUCCUCGUGAUGUAUUUGGUGAUAAACCAGUUUUAGCAGUCAGGAAGGGAUUGAUAGAGGACAGUCAAUCCUCAUCAGGAACUGGCAGCUCACAGGGGAACAUCCAGCCCAAGCCACCCAUGAGGCCUCCAGAGAAGGCUGUCUUUGCUGGAAGACGAAGACGUUAUCGCGUUGUACCGUCUGAUGUAGCUUCCUUACCUGACACUGGUGAUGAGAGAGACCCUUUUGACAAUUUGCAGUAGGCUUCUCAUCCUUGAUGCCAUGUAGAUGUAGAUGCAUGUUGGACAGUCUCAAGUGCAAUGACCAGUAGAUUGUGCUAUGUGACCACGCACGAGGGUUCCUUGGGCAGACAUGGUAUGUGUAUAGGAUACAUGUAUGUAUUCAUCUUGGAAAAACUAGCAGGCCAUAUCACCAUUUUGUGUGGUUAUCACCAAACCUACAUCUUAACCUUUUUAUGUGAGAUUCAGUUUAGCCAUAGUGUGCCAGAUGAUAUAACUACACAAAAUGGUCAUUAAAUAAGCACAUUUUUUCCGAGCUGCAUACAUCCCUUACGUGUACCAUACAUGUAUCUCAUGGUCCCUAUAAAUCAGGGCGCCAGGUGUAUGGCGGCAAUGCAUUCUAAAGUUCUGCCUAACUCUCCGUUUGUAACCCUUGAGAGGGUCCUUGUGUACAGAGCCCACAGUACCCAUGUGGGGACACCACACCGUCGACUUGAUAACACCACAUCGUUGAUUUGGUAACACCACAUCGUCGAUGUGGUAACACCACAUCGUCGAUGUGGUAACACCACAUCGUCGAUGUGGUAACACCACAUCGUCGAUUUGGUAACACCACAUCGUUGAUUUGGUAAGACCACAUCGUCGAUGUGGUAACACCACAUCGUUGAUUGGGUAACACCACACCGUUGAUUUGGUAACACCACAUCGUUGAUUUGGUAAGACCACAUCGUCGAUGUGGUAACACCACAUUGUUGAUUGGGUAACACCACAUCUUCGAUUUGGUAACACCACAUCAGUGAUUUGGUAACACCACAUCAUUGAUUUGGUAACACCACAUCGUUGAUUUGGUAACACCACAUCGUUGAUUUGGUAACACCACAUCAUUGAUUUGGUAACACCACAUCAUUGAUUUGGUAACACCACAUCGUUGAUUUGGUUACAUCACAUUGUUGAUUUGCUUACACCACAUUGUUGAUUUGGUUUUAGCGGUUUGACAAAUUUAACCUCAGCUACAAAUUGGAAGAAGUUCUCACAUUUUAAGUUAAAAACUUAAAAAUCAGAAAAAGUUUGAAAUUAGACAAAAAAAGAUGUGUUGUUUGUGUGGCGCUGAAAUGUUCAUGUACAGUGCCACUAAUAUUUAUUUAAGUACAGAAUAAGUUGAGCCAGAAAGUAAUGACUAUUGGAUUCGUCCAUGCUGUAUGUGUGCCAUGUUGAGAAACAGCCUACAGGGAAGUACGCCAAAUGUGACCUAGAUCAAAAACAUUUUAACAAAAAAUUGUAUAAAGAUGAACGUGCAGAUACUUAUAAGAUACCAAAAGGAAGAUACUUAGUUGGGACUUUAGCCAGCUGUGAAUUUGGUCUGAUGUGAAAAUAUUGUGUUGAGUCCCAUCGGUAUUGUAACAUGUACAGUAAUGUGCUUGCAUGGUGAGGCGUUAUGCGAGAGUCGUUUGUUAAAUUCACAGAUGCUGAUUUUCUCUACAGUCCCUCUUCAGCAUGCUGUGCGUGCGUAUUGACCGUCCAUAUUGUUUUGUCAAGAUUUCUUGUCAGCUUAGAACAUCUAUCAUCUGCUCAAGUCUGCUUCUGCAGCAAUAUCUGGAGUGCAUACAUGUACAUGUAUGCAUGUUCUGUCAUCAAACUACACUCAGGCAGCAUAAGUGAACAAGAAUUACUUCAGUGUUCUUGCCAUUUAGGGUGAAGCUAAUUGGAAAUCCAAUUUUUGCUGAAGCCAUCAGGUCUUGUAUAGACUACAGGGCCCGCUAAGCUAGCGAGAAUAUUCAAAUAUUUGUUGUGGUUUUUUUUCGUUUAGAUUACAAGGUAUAAAAGAGGAAAUGCUUUCAACUUACCAUCUACCGGUACUUACUAGUUAUAGAGUAAAUAUGUUAAACCAGACAGUGGAUAAGGGCAGAGGGUUCUUUGUUUGGUUUGCAAAACACAUCUUUGCAAAAAUAAUAUUGCAUUGUUAAUGAAAAGGGCCUCGUAGCCGAGUGGUUAGAGUGUGGAGCUACAGAUUGGAAGGUUGGCGGUUCAAAUCCCAUUCGGACCAAAAACUGGAAAACUAUCUCUGACGACCCAACAGUAAAAUGGGUACCUGAUUCGUUCAGGGAAGGUAAGACGGCGAGAGGAGAGGACUGGGCCCCGCCACUCAUAUACCGCGCCCAAGACACAGUGGACCUCUAACAUCCCACUGCCCCUACGGCCAGUAAUGGCUAUGGGAUCUUUACCUUUUUUACUACACAAUUUUACAAUCUUGUAUUAAAAUAGAUGGAGGGCAGCAGCAUGACGUUCUUGUAACUUCAGUAAUAUUACAUAUAUGUCACCCCCUUUGGAAGUGUGGCCUUGUGAGUAGGGUUUGUGACUCAUGAUCAGAGUGUCAGGGGUUCGAACCCUGCUAUUGUCUCAUGUGUUGUAUCCAUGGGUAAGACAUUGUACCCCCACUUGCCUCUCUCCACUCAAGAGUUUAAUGGAUACUGGUAAUGGCCAGAGAGUAACCUGAAAUGGACUGGCAUCCCAUCUGGGCAAACAGAAAUAUUCCCUUUCCUUUCAUAGCAGGCAAACCUGAGAUGAACACUGGCUCAUGAGAUGUUGGCUUGGAACCGACUUGACUUCCUGCGUAGAGAUUAUGAUCACAUUAGCUGUCAAGACUACAUACAUAUCAUCCAACUUUCUAUACACCUCACCAACCUAUGGCCAUGUUCACCCCUAGGUGGAUCAUGUACACUGGGUUUCAAUUUCAAGGGUUAGCUUUAUUUUCUAUUUUGACUUUUAAACUUUUCAGUGGACAGGUUAGAAGCUGUACACUACAUAAGUUUAUCUACAUAUUUAUUUGUACAGUGCGGAGUGUUGUCUUGAGCAUUAAGCAAUAACUGUAAUCUCAGCUCAAUUUGGAUUGUUUCAAGACUGAAAACAAAUCGACAAAAAACAAUUCAUAUAGAAUUAAAACAUGACUUCAGAUUCUUGAUGUUUGCACUAUCUAUGCAACUGCUACAGAAUGUUUUAUAAAUGUCUUGUCAUUCUCAUUAAGAGUUCUCCAUCUCACCAUAAAUGGUUACAGUUAAAUUGGAAGAGUUAUCGCAAACAGCAUCAAAUUCAGUUGAAGCAAAACACUUCAGAUUAAGAGGAAAUAAUGCUAAUAAAGAAAGGCAAAUAACUCUUCAUUCUCAUAAUCCCUGAUCAAUGCUUCGAUCCCUUUAUCAGCUUCUGACAAUUGUCAAAAGUUAAUCGCCUUAAAAACAAAAAUCAACCAUUCACUGAGAAAUUAUAUUGAACAAAAACCACUUCUCUAUUCUGUUUGGAGUAGGUGUUUAUAAAACUAUACAUAGUUGGUCAGAGUAAAAUCUAUUUUGCACUGUCAUUUUUUCAGCAUAGCGUUUAACCUCUGAGUAUAUUUUCUGCAUGUUUUUAAACUCAGCUUUGUCGUUGCAUUUGUAUUUAAAGAAAUAAAGGCAAGGCGAACCCUUGCUUGAGAGUAUGGAUUUUGGAAAAUAAACUGAGUUAGUCUUGUAAUAAGAGUAUAUUGUAUUAAUGAAGGAACAGUGUAUAGAAUUGUAUGCAAUUGUGAGAUAGUUUUCUAUGUAUAUGUAAUGAUAUACGAGGAAUUGAAUGCACGCAUGUUUGUUUUAUAACAGGAAUGUGGGAUGAUUUCAAACUUGAUUGGAAAUUUUGUUCAUUUGGCAUUAGUGUGGGUGCGUUUUGUUUGUGUUUCUCAUUGCUUUACAAGCUGUUGCUGUGACCUGGAGACGUGAUGUAGAUUAUGCAGGACUUUUUCUCUGCAAGACUUGUUUGUGUUACUUUUUGAUCAGAUUUGGAUACAUAUUCCUAAACCCAAGUCUUGAGUUCUCUGCCAGUGCUCAUUGCAUCAGACUUGGUGCUUCUUGUAAAAAGACUUGAAUAAUCAUAAACUCAUUAUGAUCAGAUGUUUAUCACAGUCCAAUUUGUGACAGUGGUAACCUUCAUACAGUUCUUUUCAAGAUCAUUUGAAAAUUACCAGAAGGAUUUCUGUUCACAAAGGAAUACCUUAACAUUACAGGGUAUGAGUUUUUUUCCUGACAGAUUUUCUUGUGUAACAUUUCUUGCUUUGAUCUCAAGGAUAUUUUCUGGAUAUUGAGGCAAGAAAGUGCAAGAAAUAAGCUCCUUGAUUGGGGAACUAAGUUUGACUGGAUAUUAUUUCAAUUUUAAAUGUAAACAAUAUUUGCAUUUCAAAUGUAAAAUCUUUGGCAACUUGCAUAUAUCUUGAAGGUCACUGAUCUGUAUCAUGUAUGUAUGGUUUCAUAUUUAUUUGUGAAUUGAACUUACGCAAGAAACCCUUUAAAUUCCCAAACAUUUGAAGUUAUAAUUUAUUGAUUUCGUGUCUUGUAGUAUAAAAUGUAUUUAUUAAAAGAAAAAAGUGGUUUUAACAAAGCGAGCAGCAUUUUUACUAAUAUUGUUCUAUAUUAAGAUAUUUGCCAAUACCAUUUAUAGAAUUUUUUAUAAAAUGGUGAACACAUUAGAAAAAAAAAUGUUUGUAAUGCCUUUUUUUUGGGUCUGUUUUGUUUUUGUGAAUGUUUACGUGUUAAAAUGAGAUAAAUGACUUGAGUGCAUCUCCAAUGGCAAAUCAA